CUCUUUCUUACAGACCCUUCUUUCGUUUUCCCGUCUUCCAGCCGCUGCCGCGGAAAGCUUGAGCGGCAGCUUUCGAUAUGGCGGUGAAGUUUCUUGAUUGGUACGUGAAGAUCGCGGUCUUCUCGGCCCUCGUCGGAGGCUCCAUGGAGUUGUUCAUGAUCAAGACCGGCUUCUAUGAUAAAGUGACCGAAUUGGAGUCAGAGAAGCGGGCUUGGGAGAAUUCGCCGGAAGCUCAGGCUGUCAGAGAAGCUCUGAAUCCUUGGAGGAAUCGUGAUGCAGAAAGCAAAAAGAACUCAUAGUGCUGCCAUUGUUGAGUUAUUCCUGGAAAAAUAAAAUUUAAAAUUACGCCAGACUGCAUCUGCACAUUUGCCAUCUCUGUCCUGGAAUGAAUUUGGAACAUCCUGAAAUGUGCUGAUGCAAUUUCUGUCUUUGGCUGCUCGGCAAUUAAUGUCCUGCUCGGUGAGUGAGAUUUUCCUGUAUGCAGAUUCUGGAAUUUAUAUGUUCUCUUGGCAUCGUUCUUGAUGUAGUUUCCCCUCCAAAUGUACUUCACAUUCUUUUUGGCUUACUGCAGAGAAAACCCAGUAUAGCUAUCUUGUGCUUUUUUCUCUUUGAUCAGUAAUGACAAAGUUCCAUAGAAAAAAAAAUCAGUUGCGAUCA